AUGGGCUAUUUUAUGGGUGUCACUAUUGUUGGUAUUACUUUGAACAACUAUAAAGUAAGUUAUAACCAAAAGUAUAAAGCAUUGGAGGCCUUAAAUGCUAUUCAUAAUUAUAAUAUUCUUUACAAUGAUAUUCGACAAGAGAAUAUUUUAAUUAAUGAAAAAGGUGAAAUUUAUAUCAUUGAUUUUGGAAUGUCUAUUGUAACUAAUAAUAGGAAGCUAUUUUAUGAAGAGGAAUGUGAAUUAUUCAGUUUAUUAGAUCGAUAUAUUUAUGGUGAUGUAUCUGAUUCGAAUAUAAUUGCAGUUGACAUCCCACUUAAAUGGCAAACAAAACAAUAUGUCUUAAUUGAUUUUCCAUCUGUAAGCAAUGUUGCAGAUAAAUUACCAUCAUAUUUAUAUGUAAAUACUGAAUUUGUAUCACCAUUGAUACUUUAUUUUGGACGUUCAUAUAAUGAUAAUCUUGUCAGUCUCUUACUGGUUCUUAUAAAACUACUCGAAGGUUCACUUUUCUGGUCUUAG